AUACCGGGCCAAUGCAAUUUUCUUCCGAUUGGACUGCUUCCGAUACCUAGUAUACUUCGUACGAGGGGCAUCUUUACUCCAUAACAACAAUAAUGAUUAGUGCGGGGUAUUAUUUGGGGCUAUAAACUCAUGACAGUUAUUACCAGUCUUGCCCACGAGACAUCACAAGAAAUAACUCACUCAGACCUUUAAACUCCCAGUUGACACUCACAAUGUCAAAACCCACCCUAAUCUUCGCCCCCGGUGCCUGGUACCCCCCAACAGCCUUCGAUCCCCUAAUCGCCAAAUUCCCCGACUACACCUGCCACACAAUCGCCUUCCCUGCCAUUCAGCAAGCAACAACCGUCACUGAUCUCCAGUUAGACAUUAGCGCUGUCCGCACACUCGUCGAGUGCGAGGCAGAUGCGGGUCGGGAUAUUGUUAUAGUUUUGCACAGCUGGGCCGGCUUCCCGGUGAACAGCGCAUUGGAUGGGUUAAGUAAAAAAGUGCGGGAAAAGGAAGGGAAGGAGGGAGGUGUUGUGAAGCUGGUGUUUAUUGCGGCGUUUAUACCGGAACCUGGGGAGAGUUUGCUGGAUGCGUUUGGGGGGCCGGCGGAUUGGUUUGUACGGGAUAUUGAAAACGGCACCGUAACCGCCAGUGAUCCAUUCGCCCGUUUCUUCCAUGAUGUCCCCAACGGUCAUGAAUGGGUUAAAACUCUCCGUCCGCAUGCCUGGGCUUCCAAUACCUCGCCUGCCACCAGUGCCGCCUAUCUAGAGGUCCCCAGCUCGUAUCUCCUGUGUGAAAAUGAUCGCGCGCUCCUACUGGCUGUCCAGGAAGCUAUGGUCGAGAAGGCGAGGCAGAAGGGGGCGGUGUUUGAGACGGAGAGGAUUAAGGCAGCUCAUACGCCGUGGUUGGUGCCAGAGGUGAUGGAUGAGGUUACGAGGUAUAUUAGGAGGCAGGCUGGGGAGGUUUAGUAAGUGUAGAGGCCAGGAUUAUGCGAUCACCUCAACUGUAUGAUUCUUUUCUGUCUUUUGUUAGUUCCAGCAUAGAGCUGUCGCUGGAUCAUUUGAAAUCUUUAUACCCUUCUCAUCACUAUAGCAUCCGGAAGAAUAAUCGUACGUGAGCUCAGAAAUCUUUCAGGAUGCUAUAUG